UUCGUCGUCAGAAAAUUCAUCUCGGAAAAUCGCGAUUCCUAAAAUCAUUCACGAAUCUUAUCUUUUCAUGUGGCGUGGCUGCUUUAUUCAGCCAGCCAGAAAGUUCGGAUUAAAAAAUGGGGCAUGCGACUUACUGCCUUCUGCUCCUCACAGUAGUCGUCUUUUCCAUUGAUGCCGACAUAACCCACAGAAGGCGACCAGAAUACUCCCUUUAUACCAACAACGGUAAUCGCACAUUGAUUUUCGAUAAACUUGGACGAAGAAGUGGUUCUAAAGCAGCUUUUCCUCGAGGUAAAAGGUCCAGUAGUAUUAAUCAAACGAUUACAACUACGAACAACAUACCAGGCAUCCAAGUUCCAUCCAUUCCAGAGUUCGGUUAUUGCCAGGUUUGGGCCCAGCAGCAUUACCGUUCCUUCGAUGGGAAGUUAUUCACCUUCCCCGGGGCAUGUACCUACAUCCUGGCCACUGACUGGCCGGACUUCUCCUUUCAUAUCUACGUCGAGAAUGACUAUUCUGAUUGUCGGCAAGGCAACAAUUCAUGCUCCAGGUCUGUAUUAAUUGAUAAUGGGAACCCUACCUCUCUGAUCUAUCUCCGACCCGGUGGUAUCGUCACCUACAAGGGGGCUGAGCUGACCCUCCCCACCAAGGCAGGUGGACUGGUCCUGGAGCAGAUCGCCGACUACAUCCUAGCAACCAGUGGAUUGGGCUUUCGCAUCCUCUACGACGGUAAAGAGUCCAUCACCGUCUACAUCACCACCAACACGCUGCUCGGCAACACAGCUGGUCUUUGCGGAACGUAUGAUAUGGAUCCGAGCAACGACUUCUUCAUGAACACUGGUCUUCAAGCUGAGGGAGCAUACAACUUUGGUCUGUCUUGGAAGAUGACGGAUGAGAGAGAACCUGAACAUUGCCCAGACGUCGCGGCUGUUUCCAUCCCAUGUACCGAGAAAUCUUUCUUCGAGUCGGAAGCGGACGAGGAGAGGGCACGGGUGGCUGAUCAACAAUGUUCUCAACUCCUAGAUGACAUGUUUGCCGCUUGUCAACAGGUAGUAGACCCACAGCCAUUUGUCACUGCUUGCGAGGAGGACGUGUGUGCCUGUACGACGGCCCAUCUCCAUGAUGAAACUUGUAAGUGCGCUUCCUUCUCGGCCUAUGCUCUAGAGUGUGCUCGACGAGGCGUUCAAGUGUCCUGGAGGUCCCACUACUCCUGCCCUUACGAGUGUCCAGAAUCAUCCACCAAAAUCUAUGAGCAAUGCGGGUCCACGUGUCGAGAUGUGGGCUGUAGCGCAGCAUCGAGCGAAUGUGAAAUUGACGGAACAGUUGGAUGCCUCGAGGGUUGCUACUGUCCACCGCUGACCUAUAAAUCCUUGUCGGGUGGGUGUGUCAGUGCCGAUCAAUGUUCCUGCUCAUGGCAAGGCAGCGAGUACCUACCGGGACGAACGAUCUCUAAUGGGUGUAAUGAAUGUACAUGCGUGCAAGGAAAAUGGCGGUGUACACAGAAUGAAUGCGGAGGUAAUUGUCUAGUUAGUGGGCAGGGCCAUUACAAGACAUUCGACAACCGUUAUUACGAUUUCGCUGGUACCUGUUCCUACAUCCUGAUCAAGGACUGUUGGAACCCCUUCAGCAUUUACUUGGUGAGCAUCGAAAAUACUGCUUGCGGAAUGGAGGGCGCCUCAUGUGUCAAGGCCGUUGUCAUUCAAGAUGGGGCACUCGAGAUCAGACUGCGUAGAGGUUCGCAGGUGCUGAUUAAUGGAGAGGAGGUGACACAGUUUCCAAAAAUGGUCGGAAACUUUUAUGUGAACCAACCGACUCACACUCAGACUGCAGUCAUAAUGCCGAAUGGUAUGACGAUACUGUUUGAUGGCAACAACGAAGUGGCAGUUAUGGCAGAUGACAGGCAUGUGAAUUCUACAUGUGGUCUCUGUGGUACAUAUAACAACAACCACCGGGAUGACUUUUACACUGAAGCAGGUGAUGUCGAAGCAAAUCCUACCUCGUUUGCCAACAAGUGGAAGCUAGGAUCAUCCUGUCCCGAUGCAAGCUAUGACACAACACCAGAUCCAUGCGACCUCUACUCCCAGAUGGCCCUGACAGCUACCGACGAGUGUGAUCGACUCCUCAGCGACAGUGCAUUCGCUGCUUGCCGUCAACAUGUGGACCCUCAGGAAUACUACGAUGCUUGCCGUCAUGAUGUGUGUAACUGUAAGGGCGUGGAUUCUUGUAAAUGUGAAGUGUUUGCCAUGUACGCAGCCGAGUGUACACAGAAAGGCAUAAUAAUCGACUGGAGAGCAAGUACUCCAGGAUGCGAGAUGAGCUGUGAAGAUGGAACGGUUUACCAACCAUGUCACCCCAUGUGUGACACGACGUGCAUCGCGCUCUCCUUGGAUGCAGCCUGUACCGAGACCUGUGUUGAAGGAUGUGCGUGCCCAGGCGGUUACGUCCUUGAUCCGCACGGGGAAUGUGUAACUCGCGAGCACUGCAGUUGCGUUGAUCCAGAUACAGGAGAGUUCCACACCAACUUGAAGAGAAUUGAAAAGGGAUGUGGUUACUGCCAAUGCUUAUCUGGAGCCUGGGUUUGCGAGGGUGUAGACUGUCCAAGUGAUAUGUGUUUAACUAACCAGGAAUAUGAACCUUGUGCUAGUCCGUGUGAUAUGACCUGCACCAACAUGCACAAUUUUGAAGAUUGCCCGACCCUGACCUGUAGUGGAAGGUGUGUGUGUAACCUGGACACGGUGUGGAAUGGAACGAGCUGUAUUGCACCCUCUAGUUGCCCUUGUCAUCAUGGAGGUCAAAGUUACCCCGAAGGACACACCAUCCGGACAGAUGACUGUCAUACAUGCACGUGUACAAAUAACCGCUGGGAGUGUGAAGAAUACCUUUGCUACGCUGCCUGUACGACAUGGGGGGACCCUCAUUUUAGCUCGUUUGAUGGUAGACUUUUUGACUUCGAAGGGGAUUGUGACUAUGUAUUGGCGACUGAUAGCGUGGACGAGAACUCCACAAAUCCGUUCUUCCGCAUUAUCGCUUCCAAUAUUCCGUGUGGAAACACUGGAAUAACCUGUACGAAGGCUGUAACUUUCACCAUCGGACGAGGGAGCAGUCAAGAGAAACUGCAUCUCGUCCGGGGCAAACCGGUUCCCGCUUCAGCUGGCUCAUUCAAGAUCACUGAAGUUGGAAACUAUGUACAUGUCCAAACUACCAUCGGAGUCGUACUUAUAUGGAAUGGUGGUACGUGGGUCCAGGUCAAACUAAAGCCUGAUUAUAAAGAAAAGGUUGGAGGUCUAUGUGGUAACUAUAACGACCUGAUCAACGAUGACUUUAUGUCUCCUGCUGGUGGCCUGCCAGAAACCUCAGCCCUGGAUUUCGGUGACAGCUGGAAGGUUCACAAUUAUUGCCCCCUGCCAGAGGAACCCAUUUUUCCGUGCCUGCGAAACCCAUCUCGCCGUGCUUGGGCCAUGCGUCAAUGCAGCGUGAUUAAAUCUGAUGUCUUCAAGCCAUGUUUCAGCCAGGUCAGUUACCUGCCGUACUAUGCUAAAUGCGUCUACGAUUCGUGUGCCUGUGACUCUGGAGGAGACUGUGAAUGCCUGUGUUCGGCCAUUUCGGCAUAUGCCAAGGAGUGUACCGCUCAAGGCGUUCCAAUCAAGUGGCGAACCAACGAUUUAUGUCCUAUGCAGUGUGAUGGUUGCAGAGAAUACACUCCUUGUAUCGACCUCUGUGACACAUGCAGUCAUCAGAACGAUAGGGACGAGCAAGGUAACUGCCCACACACUUGUUUCGAGGGGUGCAGCUGCCCAGAUGGAGAGUUCUACCACGGAGACCAAUGUUUGGAGACCUGUCCUCCAGGUCCUCCAACAGGUACCCCGACACCUCCAACGGUCACAACCCCUUCCACCACCACUACCACCACACCAUGGGUUACAACAACCACACCGACAAGUACUCCUUUCACUACAGUAGAAUCAACAACACCGUGGUCAGAAACCACUACUCAACCUCCAGUAGCAUCAACAACACCGUGGCCAGAAACCACUACUCAACCUCCAGUAGUAUCAACAACACCCUGGCCAGAGACCACUACUCAACCUCCAGUAGUAUCAACAACACCGUGGCCAGAAACAACUACUCAACCUCCAGUAGUAUCAACAACACCGUGGCCAGAGACCACUACUCAACCUCCAGUAGUAUCAACAACACCCUGGCCAGAGACCACUACUCAACCUCCAGUAGUAUCAACAACACCGUGGCCAGAAACAACUACUCAACCUCCAGUAGUAUCAACAACACCCUGGCCAGAGACCCCUACUCAACCUCCAGUAGUAUCAACAACACCGUGGCCAGAAACAACUACUCAACCUCCAGUAGUAUCAACAACACCGUGGCCAGAAACCACUACUCAACCUCCAAUAGUAUCAACAACACCGUGGCCAGAAACAACUACUCAACCUCCAAUAGUAUCAACAACACCCUGGCCAGAGACUACUACUCAACCUCCAAUAGUAUCAACAACACCGUGGCCAGAAACCACUACCCAACCUCCUGAAACAACAACUGCUCCACCGGGAUCAACUACUCAACCUCCUGAAACAACAACUGCCCCACCAGGAUCAACUACUCAACCUCCUGAAACAACGACGGCUCCACCGGGAUCAACUACCACUGAGCCUGGAACGACGACUUGGGGAUGCAGAGAGGAAGUUGUAUGUGAAUGGACACCGUGGUGUGAUGAUGAAGCAGGCGGGGGUAAAGUGACCAACACGGAUGAGGGCGAAUUCGAGUACAUAGAAGACUGCCGCGAUCAAUUUGACUUCUGUGAAGAGCCAACGACAUUGAGUGCGAAAUGA